CACCACCAUCAACGAUUUGGUUGAAACAAAUUUUUGCAUCCAGGCCAGCUCUCGUGGCAUCAUGGUGCAGCACACCAAGUUCUAUGAGUUGAUGGGCGUGGAACCGACGGCGACGCCGGAGGAGCUUAAGAAGGCGUAUCGCCGACGCGCGCUACAGCUGCAUCCUGACAAGCGCGGCAACUCCCCCGAAGCGCAGGACGAGUUUACGACCAUGAAGAACGCGUACGACGUGCUCAGCGACCCGCGGCAGCGAGAGAUCUACGACGCGACGGGAGAAGAUGGACUCAAGAUGGUCAAUGGGUUUGGCGAGAUGAGCAUGGAAGAGAUGAUGGCCGCUGCGAUCGGCGCGUUGUCGUCCAUGGGCGGUGGCGCCAAGUUCUGCCUCUUGUUCUCGAUCACGGCAGUGUGCGCGGUGCUAUUGCUCGUGCCCAUUUUGUGGUGUCUCCGCGUGGACCAGACCGUGGAUUGGACGUGGGUCGAUGUGUUCAUCCCAAUGUGGAUCCUCGACAGCAUUUACCUCUGCGCGACAUGCUGUUCGGUCGUGUCCAAGGACUCUCCCGUCGACGAGAACGGCGAGCCGGUGGGGGCGCCGCCACCCCCUUCCACAUACUCUCGCGCCUUGUCCAAGAGCCUUCUCCUGCUUAAAGCCCUUCUGUUUGUGGCGACUCAAAUUCUGAUUGCCAUGAAAUUGCAAGGCUCCAUCGAUAUCUCGUGUGUCGCGGUGCUGAGUCCAUACCUAGCGCUAGAAGGAAUGCUGCUGUUGCAGAAAGCCAUCGUGGCCUACUCCAUCUACGCAUCGGUAGCAGCUACGGCCACCAACGACAAACCUUACACAUUGAUGGGCCCCAUCGCGUACAGCAUCGGGCAAAACCUGCUUCGCUUGGUGUUUGUCGUGCUUCUUGGCCUCAAAGUUGAUGCCACGGUCACUGGUAGCUGGUGGCUCGUCUUUCUCCCCGUGUGGAUAUACAUGGCGCUGUCCCUGUGGUUCACCGUGCGAGGCAUCCUGGUGGCGUCCAAAUUGACUGCAGACAAUGCCCAAGGGAACAAAACGAGCGGUCUCCUCUGCGCUGUAAUGAUGUCGUUGGUCGUGUUCAGCCCGUUUGUGCUGCUGGCGGCACGACUGGAAGGAUCAUUUUCGUCAUUUUAUGUGCUGCUGCCGUGGCUGAUUGUGGCUGGCGGCGUCGUCGUCGUGAUGUGGUUGUGCUUGUGUUGUGUCAUGCGACCGCCGCAGGAAGAGCAACCCACGGCGUCCGCCGCGGACGUUCCAAGCGAGGAGGGCGGCCGACACGACGAAAACGUGUACCAUGGUGUGCAAGAUGAUGAAAAAGUAUAGGGAGUGUAUUUUGUACUUCUGUAGAAAUGGAAAACGGUUGGGAAAUUGGUAGGAAACGAACCUAUUUUAAUCAAAAUAGAAACGGCCAGGUGUGUGUUCGCUGUCA